CAGAUAGAAGUAGUUUUAGCAGUUGGAAUCCCAUCGAAAACCGCAACAGCAACCCACCCAAUUAAGUCAAAACCGCGUGGCGUCAAGGAAAUAGUGCCUCACGAACCAAGAAUCCCUCGGGGAACCAAGAAACCUCCCUCAUCCCCAUCAUUCGACAGCUUGAAUGAUUCGUCCCGAUCGCAAUCCUAGCAUCGGCACGUAUCGUUCGAGAUAGCACGAAACUAUCAGAGCCCGGGGCGGGAAGAUCACAUCCCAAAACCCAAAGGAAGACGGCAACGGUGGUGGUGGCGGCUUGUGCGCGAACAAACGAAACGAAAGAACCACCCCGAUAACACCUUCAUCGGGGCGAUCCCGGCUAUCUCUCGAUGGCGAAGGGAGCAAAAAGGAAGACCAAAUGGGUGUCCUUGUCGCUGGCCAACGCAAACACCAAGACCUCCAAUGCGACCGGCUCGGAUAGCGAACAGACGACCCACAGCCAGCAGCAACACUAUGGAGAUGGACACCGAAGCAAAAUGUACAACGGAGCUAGUUUAGCUUCAAAGGCUGGCAAAGAUGUGACAGCUGGAACCGAAGUUACAGAAGAGCAUGGCGGCAAUGAACGCACACAGGAUCACAGUGGUAAUCGCACCGAUACCAGUACCGGAAGCGACUGUGCCACGGGUCAGGAGCGGCGAUCUGUGAACGGCUACCACAGACGUCGGCCACCGCCAUACAAUGCUCGAACCGGUUGGAGUGGUGGAUCCACCGGUGGCUCUAGUAAUGGUCGUAACAAUUAUACUCGCAAUGGUUACUAUGGAAAUGGCGGCGGAUACUACGGCGGAGGAAAACGGUCUUACUUUGAUAGCUACACACGGCGACAACAAACUACAACCAGCACGAACCGAACGACCUCCGGAGAUGGGGCAGAGACUGGAGGAACUACGAUUAAUGACGACGAGUAUACGCGAAUAACAACGCCGCGACAGGAUGUACUGUUCAAGAAGGGUUACCUAUCCCGUCCGAAGCCUUCCGUCGCGACAGCUAGUACUUCCAACACCGGUUCCAGCUCAAUUGCCGGCACCACUAGCGAAGGUAGCGAUGGAGGAAACGGUGGUGGCAGUAAUAGCAUUUCCACGACGGAAUCCAUCACAUCCGAGUAUGGUGGUUCGUAUGCGGCAGAUGGUAGCCAACUGUACGACUAUUCCAUCCCAUGUAUUCCGUGCGGCUACUUCACCGAGAAUGGUGUACUGGUGAUGAAUGGUUUUGCUGUGGAUAACAAUGGCUUUUCGUACUUCAACGGUGGCCAAACGUACAUCUAUCCACCGAACUACAACGGCUGCCAACAACAGUCACCGUUAGCGACCACAAACACAGGGGACCAAACGGCGGAUUCGAUGCUGUACGCAACCGACGACACAAAUGACGAAGCUAACACGAAUGAAUCGACCGAACUGGAUAGAACCACACCGAACCAUUCGACACCCGUCAUAGAUUCCGAAUCGAUGCCCGGGUAUGGAGAUGUUGCUGUUGUUUCCUGUUCUGGAGCGUUUAACGAAAACGGAACCACCGGUGGUGAUGGUCAAUAUUUCACGAACGAUGCCCUUUCCACGAUGGAACAGGUACCCCUGUGCGAAGUGGUUCCGGAGCAGUCCACACCGACACCGCUAGCUGGGGAAGAAUCGGAAGACACUAGCACGGUUUGCGAUGCGGCAAAUGGAUCGGCUUCCGCCUGCGUGCAGGAAGUGCAAGAUUUCUCCGAGAACGGAUAUUUCCAGUACACCAAUGGGUAUGAUAUGGCACAGUUUUAUAGCUCACUCUGCUAUUCAAACUUGCUGAUGGACCAGUACCGACUGUAUGAUGAUGCUGGUUUACCAUCAUACAACGGUUCCGAGUACGCAAUGGCAAAUGAAGAAGUCUACGGACAUCAGCCAAGCUUCAAGAAGCGUAAAAAGCGUUUCCGUACGUUUGAGGAGAUGCCUUCAGUAAAUGGGAACUCUUAUGACGUCGGAAUUACACCAUCCGAGAUGGCGGUGGAACCCAACACUACCGGUAGUGAUGCUACCGAUUGCGUGCCAGCAAACCAUGUUCCUUCUAGUGAUGUAUGUCGUCAGCCGUAUCAAUUGAAUGCCGAAGUGCAAGAAUUUUUACCUUCCGUACCCACGGUCGUUCCACAUGCAAGUGCCGUUAAGCCGAACGAUGUGUGUGCAUCAGUUGACAAAACGAAUAACUGCACCAAGGGUAACACUCGCGCCGUGACGAAACCACGACAUCCAGCAGCACCAAAACUUCCAAAGCCAUCGUCCCAAAAACUCGCUACCGGGCCUGUUGCCCAUGCUACCGACGAUGCAGCAAACGUUUCGCCAGUGUCGGUCAACGGAAAACCGCCGCUAAAUAAAGCGAACCGCAAAAAGGACCUGAUCGAAUCAACGCUUGCCUUUGCUGCCCAGAAUAUUGAUCUCACGCGUCCAAAAACGACCACUUCCCAAGAGUCGUCACAUGACAGCGAACUAUUCUGGACGACCGUCGAUCGUAACGGGCGAAAGAAGCGUGUAGCGUCGGUUCCGGAACAGGAAACGGUCACUGCCAACCCAGCGGAGAAGGAAUCUUCUGCCGAAGAACGAACGAAAGAUAAAUUAACUGUUGGAGAUGGAAUGCAAUCGGAGGCAUCGCAGGAUAAUGCGUCUGCUAUAGCAAGUCAGGCAUUGCUCGUCGCGGACGUUGCCACGGAGGGAAGUGGUUGCAAAAAGGAGCAACCAACUAAAAGUAAGAAAAAGACACACAAGCACAAAAGACAACAACUCCGAAGGUCAAUGGGGAAUUUCAAUAAGCAACCGCUGGAAGGUUUUCAGUUGAUCGAACCGGAAUUUACUUCUUCAGCGACGGGACAUCGUAGGGGCAAAAGCAGUGAUAAAGCGGGACGAGUUGAUACAACCGCUCAGAAAGCUCAAAAUGAAGAUACGCAGGCUGUCAAAGAGUCCAAUAAGAAUGGAACAACGGAUGGGCACUGGCGUGUCGAUGAGGAGCAGCCAGAUAUCGUGGAAAUGGACAUUAAUUGUGAUAACUCAAGCAAUGGUACCUCUUCAGAAGUCUCGCCUACGGAAGAGGUUACUCAGUAUGAGAUUGAGGAGAUGGUUGCUCAAGAAAUAGUACCGUUGUUGGCCCCUGCCUCGGCGUUGGAUGUGAAAACUACUGUUAAUGAGACUGAGACUGAAAAACAUCACCAACAAUUGAUGUCGGUGGCCGUCGAGACAGAAGAGAAAGCUGAAAUUGCGGAACAAGCAGUCGUUGGCAAUGGGGUGAUGAAAAAUGAUACCAAACAGGCAGUACAGAUUGCAGAGCUAUCAAAAGAAGCUAAUCAGGAGUCAGUGCAGAGCACGCUGGAUACAACUGAGCUUGAUGCUUCAAUGAUUAAUCUUUGCUUAAAAGAGCAUAAUGUUCCCGUUCAAAACGAAACAAAUGAAACUCUGUCGCCUGUAAUCGAAAAGCAGCAGAUAAUGAAUGUACAACUGGCCGUGGACACGACUGUGUUUGCCAGCGCCGCUAAGCAGCUUACAAUCAGCUCCGUUAGUCCCACAUUGCCAGCGCUCGAAGAAGGCGAGUCGGAAGAUCACGUGGAUGGUGCUGCGGAUGAUAGCUUCGCAUCAGAAGGUGACGAUACGCGUACGAAGCGGGACAGUAUGUCCGGUGCGGGUUAUACCGAAAGCCUUGACUCGGGUCUGCAAAGCCCUGCACCGUGUGGUGGAGUUGCCUCACCGGAAACCACGUCCAUGGUGAGCUCAAUCGAAAGCCAACCAGCCAUAGAUUUGCCGGAUGUAGCGUCCAGCCAGUCUGCUUUGUCCCAGGUGGUGGGCACAUGGCUUAUGAGAAAGCUGGAAGUACACGAACCCGAGGAGGUGUUUAUACUGCCGAACAAUCCGCUGCUGAUCCAGCGUUUGGAGCGAUUCCACCAACUGCAACGUCGAGAUCGUCGCGAUCGGCUGCGCGGACCAUUCUCGUCUGAAUCUGAGGGAGAAGACCAGGAGUACGAUCUCGAGGAAGAUGAUGACACGGAUAGUGACUAUAUGAGCGACGGCCAGGGAAGAAUUGAUCGCACACAAUCAGAUGACGCUAACAGCUCAAAUCCAGGUUCACCCCUCAACUCUGUGCAACAGGACGUCGGUGUAGUGCAAAAGAAUCCGCUAGAUGGCGCACAAAAUGGAUCGCUAACGGAUGCAGCAAUGCCGCAGUGUGACGACAGCAAACGACGUGCAACACACCACAGCGAUGGUGGUAAUAGUUCGAAACGCUGCAUAAUCAUGUAGGGAUUCGCAUAAUGCUACCGAGCUUCAUCUUCAUUUAUAAAUAUUCUACAUCAUAAUCUGUGCAGCCAACCCACUCGAAACUCACAUGCACAAGACACAAAAAACAGACACGCCGCUCAUUGCCUUUUCCUUCAUGCUGAGAUAUUUCGUAAGGAGUUGAUAAGAUUUGCAUAAUCACACACAAUUAGGUUGUUAAAGAGACGGUAUCAGAAUCAGAUGCUGGAAAAGACAUGUUCUAGAAUGAACUGCGCGACCACUUCAUCACACCGUUGUCGCACGUUGUCUUUUCGCAUAGAACGGAUAUAAAAUUUCUAAUCGCGAUACAGCGCAACGUUAAUAUUAUUCAUAAAUUAGUAUACUAUGGCACUCGUACUUUAAUCGUACCGUUUGUUAACGAUAGAGAGCUGCUGAAUUGUUAAUACACACAGACAAAAAUGCGAACAAACCGAGCAGUGCUUCUUUCUGCCACAAACUCUAUUCGAUAAUUAAGGACGCACGCAUUGCCGUAAAAGGGCAUGGUUUUUACUCGUUGCAGCGUUGCGAAGUAAUGAUUGGUUUCUUUCGAUGUUUUCUUGCAUUCACUAGGAGGUGUUUUGUUUGUUUGUUUGUUUUGUUUUCUAGAAGAAUGAACUCCCCGCCCCGUCUCGCUUACAACUCGAUUAACGCAUUGUUUAAUGCAACAUUGUUGAACGUAAUUCUUACUAGAGAUAUACUUAUUAAUAAUGAAAGGUACAAUAGUUGCAUAACUGCGCUGGUAAGCAAUUUAAAACGCUGCGGUGGUAGCUGCAGGUUGCAAUAACUUAAAAAAAAAUGAACAAACCAAAAAAUGCCACAAAAGAAUUAAUAAAAUGAG